AUGAGAGAGCUCCUACAAGAUGAAGCCUCCCUCGAGCGUCCCGUUGCGAACGAUCUCUGGGGAUUUCGCUUUGACAGAGACCUUGCAAGUAGGGCAUUGGGGAAUCUAUCUCGUACCACCGGUACCUCCAUCCGCAUCCGACAGGGUAAUUUGAACCAGAUCUACGUGCUCCCGAAACAGAGCAGGGAAGACGAGGACGAGAUCGCGCAGAAGGUAUAUGCUACUUACGAUCCUCCGAACGUCCAUCUCGACGUAACACUAGCCAGCGAUCCAGCACACCACUGGUGUCCAAUCAUCCAGGUCUUACGACAUGCAUGGAACAUCACCGCCGUAUAA